AUGACGGAGUCUCUGAAGAGAACAGAAUACUACUACGGCAAAGACAACGUCCUGCAAAAUGUCGCCGUCUGGGAGUUCCCGGAAGACAAGGUCGCAGCGCCAGCUCCGGGGACAACCAAGUACUGGCUCGUAUUCAUCCACGGCGGCGCCUGGCGCGACCCGAGGAGCACCUUCAGCGAGGCCGAGCCGACCAUCAACGCGCUGCUAGACCCCUCCUCGCAGUGGCACAUGCCCGAUGCGCCCCCCCGUGUCGCCGGCUUCGCCUCCCUCAACUACCGCCUCUCGCCCCACCCGUCCUUCGCCCAGGACGCCGCCACGACGCCCUCGUUCGCGGCGCGCACGGCCCGCCACCCGGACCACCUGGACGACGUGGUGUCCGGGCUGCGCUUCCUGCAGCGGCGGCUCGGCUUCGGCGGUGGCGGCAGCGACUACGUGCUGUUCGGACACUCGGCCGGCGCGUCUCUCGCGUACCAGGCGCUGCUGGGGCCGGCCUGCCGAAGCGAGGGGCUCGACGACGUCGCGCUCCCGGCGGUGGUGGGGUUUGAGGGCAUCUACGACCUGGUCGGGCUCGACGGACGCAUGGGCGGCGGGUACGCUGGCUUCAUCGAGGCGGCGUUCGGGACGGACCGGUCCGCCUGGCGGGACGCGAGCCCGGCGACGGCCGCGGGGAGCUUCGGGGCCUGGGCGGGGCAGGCUGGGCCCCGGCUGGCCGUGCUGGCGCACUCGGCUGAUGACGAGCUGGUAGAUAUGCCUGAGGUCGAGACCAUGGAGCGGAGGCUGAGAGUGGACGGUGUGCGGGAUGUCCUGGUAUUUCGGGACUUGAAGGGUGGCCACUUUGAUGUGUUGAAUGAUGGGAGCUUUGCGAGGGUGUUGGUCAAGACUCUCGAGGAGCUGGGGAGGCUGAAAGCUUAG